CCUUCGCUCCCGGUCUAAGCCCAGAGUCCCUCCCCCUUCGCUCGCCUCCCUCCCUCCCGUGAAUAGGUCCCAGCCGCCGCCGCCGCCGCGCCCGCCGGCAUCUCCCUUCCUCUCCCCUGAUCCGUCCUUCCGCAGGUUGCGCGAUGCUUGCCCUGUCCAGGACGCUCGCGAGGCGGCUCUUCUCCACCGCCGCCGCGCCCGAGGGCGCCGCCGCCGCCGCCUCCACGUCGCUGGCGAGGAAGCCGCAGAACCCCCUCGAGGAGUUCUUCGAGGUCGAGCGGAGCACCCAGGACGACCAGCCCGCGCCCCACUACGGUCGUGGCUGGAAGGCUUCUGAACUGCGCCUCAAGUCCUGGGACGACCUUCAUAAGUUGUGGUAUGUCCUGCUAAAGGAGAAGAACAUGCUCAUGUCCCAACGCCAGAUGCUGGCUUCAGAGAGCAUGCGUUUCCCAAACCCGGAGCGCAUUUCCAAGGUAAGGAGAUCGAUGUGCCGGAUCAAGCACGUGCUGACGGAGCGGGCCAUAGCGGACCCUGACCCGAGGAGGACUGCGGAGAUGAAGCGGAUGAUCAACGCCAUGUGACCGACCCGCGCCGCGCCGUGCUUCUACUGUCCGUAAGCAGCAGCCGUAGCAGCAUUAGCAUCUAUCUAGUGGAAAGAACGAAUUUGCUCGCUUUUCCUUCUUGGGUUGUAUGCCUCCCCCCGUGAGAUGCAUAAGACCAGCAAUCCUUGAGACGCCGUCGCCCCCGACAGUCCCACGGAUGGGCGAACGUCAAUGGACUUGUGUUCGAAUAAUCGCAACCGUCCUUUUUUUCUUUUGCAUGUGUGUGUGUGUGUGUGUGUGGCAAAGUACCAUCCGGCUGUUUGUUUGCACAAUGUGUUAUGGAUGUCCAUUGGUUUCAUUUCUGGCUCUGCGUAGCCAGAGCUUGGUUUUCA